CCCCCCCGCUCGCCUGGCGGACAUCUCCUCACACUGUUGCUGACAGCACUUCUCCUCCCCUUCUGGCUGGCCUCUCUGCCCUGAGUUUUCUCACUUGCAUCCAUGCCAGUCUACCACCAAUAGAGAAAUUAUCCUGAAGCACCUCUUCAGUGUUGCCCUUGGCUCAGAAACCUACACUAGCUCUCUAUCCCUCCCUCCAAGUGAGCUUCCUCUCCUUGACUUUUACUGCUUCCUCUGGCCCCAUCAUGCUCCCACACCGUUAUCUUCUGCCUGCUGCAUCACUGUCCCGAGCGUGUCUCUGUCUCUCUAUGCCGAGAAUGCCCCAGUUCCACCUCAUCCAUCAAGGGCUCACACCCUGUCCAUCACAGUUCUCAGGAAUCCCCCUCUCUGUGGUAGCUCCAGCUCUCACUAUGUGUAUCUCACAGUUAACUCUUCACUUUCUCUGAUUGUCCCAUAUAUGUCUCUUUCCCCCAACCUAUACUGACUUCUUAAGAACAGGCACAAUUCACUCAGAAAAUAUUGUCCACACAUCCACUGUGUGCCGGGCACUAUGCUGAGUUCACUGUGGCAGGAGGCAGCAUGGCCUUUCCCUCUGGUCGCUUACUUCCUUCCACACCCAUAAUUCUGUAUUUCUCACUGUGCCAGCAGAGACCUGUGCGUAUAGUGUCCGUUUUCCGCUGGUUGAGUGGGGCCGAGGAGGGCCAGGAACUUGAGCCUGAGGCCUCUGUGUUCCCUGGAUCAAAUGUGUUUUUAGGCCUGGGCCCAUCUUGGCUCCAGACAGGCCUGGCUUUGCAGUGAGGGAAGAGGCUGCAGACUGCAGCAGGAGGCACAGCUAGCUCUCCUGGAGAAUGUGACCCAAUGUCACCCCAUGUUGGAGAAUAAGAUAACAACAGCUGUAGCAUUUAGAGUAGAAAACAAUAACAUCCAGUGCCCCAUCAGUCUUUAGUGGUGAUUCUCAUUUUCGAAUCUUUGUCCAUUCUCGGUUUUUGCCUUGGAAUAUUUGAAUGUGGGGGUGCCUUGGACUGUGUGAAUGCGAGAAGCUCCAAAUAAUGGAGCCUUGUUGAAUAAUAUAGUAGUAACAAUAGCAGUGAUGAUGGUUGACUCAGAAAAGGUAGAGAUGAGCGCAGCUUCCCUGCUCUCUUCAUUAAUCUUCCUUGUUCCCCAGUUACUGCUUCCCCUGGCCUGUGAGUUCACCCCUCUGUCAUGGUUCGCCUGCCCCCUCUCAAAGCAGGUUGCUUUUCUAGCUCAUGGGUAAAUAUUGACCUACUUGGGUUUCAGAUGCCUGCCCCUCGAAACUCCUGCUAGGCUAGAUAAACACAAGGGGAUAACAUCUCUUGAGAAUCAGAGCUGCUUUUGGAAAGGCUAUAAUGCAGUUGAGCCACUCACUGAAUCUGUGCAACGGUCACCACUGAGCUGGGCCCCCGGAAUGGCGGCAGACAAAGGCAGGGCAUUGGCCCCUGCCUUCCCUCUGGGAGCUUGUGGUCCAGUUGGGGAGGUAGGGCUUAUAUACUGGGAAUACUUGGAGGUUGUGCACAAGGCAGCUGCAAGGAUCCUGAAUGAGGAUUGUUGCCUGAGUAGGUGGCCCUCUGUGACCACAAGAUCCCUUCCCUUUCUCUGGUUUUAACUGGAAUUCAGUCAAGUGCCAAAAUACCUGCUGAUGACAAUAGGCAGUAUAGUCUGGCAGGAAAGGGAGGUUGGCCGAUGCUCUGUGGGGAGGAGAUGAGAACUGGGAUGGGCUGUGGGGGACAAGGCUGGGAGGAGGCAGUUACUGUGGUUUGUUAAUCCACUGGUAUUCAUCUCCCUGACAUGUCCCUGGACCUGCUUCUGGACCUCCAGCUCUCACUAGGGCCUCCUGCCCUGGGUCUCUUUCAGUUGCAUGCGUCUAAAGGCCAGUUCCUUUAUUGCUUGUGACCCAUGCUUUCUUCCUCUCUCCUGUCCUCUCAACCUCCCCCCGCUUGGACUCUGCACCUCCCUUCCCCGUCCUCUGAAAUGAGCUGGGUUCUUUUGUUAGGUGAGGCUGCUGCCUAGGCUGGGAGAUCCAGGAGUUGGUCUUGUUUCAGUGAGUUGGACCCCAGUGAAGAUCCUGGCUAGCUGAAAGGCUGGAGGCCAGAGGCCAGGAAGGCUGAGGUUCCCAGGCAGAUAGAGAAUCAACUUCGAGCAUUGAUGUGGAUGUAGAGUUAGGCCAUGAGGCAGAACUGGCCUGACCAGUCAGAAGCCCAAAGAGGGAAAUCUGCUCUCAGUUUGUGUUUUUGUGUGUCUGUGGGGUUAGGCAGAGGCUAUGAUGUAUGGUGGUCCAAAAUUACCUUUCUAGCUCUGUGGAGUGGAGCUCCUCCUUGUCUGGCUUCUAGCCAAGUAGCUUGGUUCCCUGUUCUUUGCUUUCCCUGUUUCUUAGGCCAGUGGGAAGCCAUAGGGCAGGUGCACAUUGGGUACAGGCCAUCCUAGAGCAGGCGGGCAAAGUGUCUGCUUUGUGGGAGGGUGGGGUCCUGGGAAUGUCCCAUCCUGAGGCACCUUAGAGUAAGCUGAGAUGCUUGAAGCCAAGGCUGACCUAGGACCUGCCUUGAUGGGCAAGGAGAGGAAGCCUAUGAGACCAAGGUGAGCCACACACAGCCAGGAGGCUGGCCUUUCACUCUGCACGUGUGAAAGAUGUUGUUUCCCCAACUCAUACACUGCACACACACACACACACACACACACACACACACAGUGGAGGCAAAGAGGCCUCUAGGUCUCAGGAUGAGGGACAGAUGGGGGCCUCAUGCAGCCCUGACCUUGGGCUUGAUGACCAGGCAGGGAAAGAGUUGGAGCAGUGCCAGCGGCAGGCAGACGAGGUGGCGGAAAUCAUGCUCAACAACUACAACAAGGUCCUGGAGCGCCAUGGGAAUCUGGAGGAGCUGGACCAGCGUGCACACCAACUCCUGGGCAAGGCCGAAAACUUCAACAAGACAACUGAGGCCCUGGCCAAGAAGAAGCGGUGUGAGAACACCCGUUACUUGGUGCUGGCGGUAGGCGUUCUUCUGCUCAUCAUCCUGAUUGUGCUGCUGAUCAUCUUUCUCCCACACACACACAAGGGCAGCAGUGCCCCACAGGCCCAGGACACAGGCAUUACCCCAGGGGACUGACCCAGCUGGGCCUGGAGGAGAGGCCGGAUGACCGCACUGGCUAGUUCUGGUCUCCAGACAACCCCGGCGUUUGCUCCCGUCUGAGCCACCCCAGUGAGUGCCGAAGGGCAGCCCCAAUGUGUCCACCUUUGCAUCUCCUAUCAUGCCACAAACUGGCCUUUGAGGGCAGCCUGCUGCACUGGCCAUGCCAGGCCAGCCCCACAUGGAGCUCAGUAAAAGCUGCUGUUUCAUUAAAA